UUGCUAAGCAAGCCUGAUGACCUGAACUUGAUCCCUGCAACCCAUGAUAGAGAGAGAUCUAACUUCCGUAUAUACCCACAUGUGCAGGCAUGUGCAGAGUUGAUUUGUUUUCCUGAGACAGGGUUUCUCUGUAGUCCUGGCCAUCGUGGUACUCUGUAGAUCAAGGUGGCCUGGAACUCAAGAGGUCUGCCUGCCUUUGCCUCUUGUUUUGAUUUCUAAAGGCUAGUCCGGUACACACCUUUAGUCCAAGAACACUCCAGGGGUAGAAGCAGGAGGAUCACCUUGAGUUCCUGGCCAGCCAGAGCCACACAGUGGAUGUCCUGUUUCAGUUAGAUGCACACUUCCUCCCUUUGGAGUUCUGGUCUUAGAUCCUGUAGCCACAACCUCACCUAGAGAGGCCUGGGAAGAUUUGGUAUGUGUCUGGGGAUCCCGAGAGGCUGAGACCCCAUGAGGGUCCUAUGAUAGGCUAGAGUGGGUGGGGUGUUUCAGGCAGGAAACGGAAGUGUCAGUAACUCCUACUAGCUACUAUACUUGAGCGCGCUCUGGAGCUCACUUCUCACUAAACACAGCCAGUCAGAGGUGGGUGCCCGUGCAAAGGCCAUCGGAUCAAUGGCUCUGCCUGGUACCCUCAGAUUUAGGGUGCUGUUAGCCCUGCCCGGGGCCCUGGCCUCCGGGGUAGGCACGGAGGAUGGUGCAGGCUCCAGUGCUGUCACCAUCAUCCUGCUGUUCCUGCUCCUGCUGCUACUUGUCACCGCCCUGGCCUUCGCCUGGCAUCGCCUCAGCCGUGCCUCGGGGGGCUACUACCACCCAGCUCGCCUGGGUGCUGCGUUGUGGGGCCACACCCGCCGCCUGCUCUGGGCCAGCCCUGCAGGCCGCUGGCUUCGGGCCCGCACUGACCUGGGAUCCCCAGAGGAACCAGGGCAGCAAGAGGAUGAGCAGGAUGCAGAAGAGGAUUGCAUGAUGGAUGGUGGCCCUGAGGAAGCUGGUCCCCAGGAAGAGGAGCAGCGGUGUGAAGCCGGAGAUCAAGCAAAGCAGGCCCCAGCAGCAUAUGACACAGACAGUGAAGGGGGCCUGGGCCUCAGCUCACAAGGUCCCGUGGGCUCAGGCAGCAGUGCUGAGGCCCUUCUGAGUGACCUGCACGCCUUUUCAGGUAGUGCGGCCUGGGAUGACAGUGCUGGAAAAGCGGGGGGCCAGCGCCUUCAUGUCACCGCACUGUAGGAUCCAGCCUGCUGUCCUGUCCCUGCCCCAGCCUCUGACUGUCUCUUUCCAUGCUGUCCUGAUGAAACAAAAACCAGCCUGGACCAUCAUCAUCCCACGCAGCUUCUCAGACUGCCACCCCGACCAGUUUCCCAGUGUCCCCCUCCCCUCCCCAGGCACUGGGCAGAUACU